UUGUUCUACAAUGUUGAAAAUAGUAAAAAAAAAAAAAAAAAAACCUUGAAUGAGUAGAUGUGUCCAAUCUUUUGACAGGUACUGUAUAUUAAUUGGUUGUUUAAUGUUAAUUUGUAAACUAGCCUAGCAUUGACUGUUCAUAGAUACAGACCUCCACAUAUUCACUGACCUUUUCCAGAGUUGCACUGAAACAGAACAACAUGCCUGUGUGUCUCUGUCUGCAUGCCACCUCCGUGAAUGAAUUCCCGGUAAUGUCUUAGCAUGCUGUGACUAAGCCAGGCCCGGGCUCAGGACUCUGUUCUGAGGGGUGGAGGGCGGAGAGGUGACCCAGCUGCCACGGGGGGGCUCCGCUGUCCCGCUAGGUGUUAGAGUGCUCCAGGAUAAGCCCCCCACUCACAAAGGACCCGGCUAGCCGUUGAUGGACCCUGCGUACACUCAUUAAACCUGGACUGGACCUCUCACCACCACUCCUGGGACUGUUGUAAGGCAGGAGGGUAGAGUGAUAUCAAGGUCUGGCUUAAAAUGUUUGUAAAAGAGAAAACUCAAAUACAUUUGAGAGAAAACUCUUGUAAAGUGAGUUCAGUUUCAUGGUCUAUUUUUGAUACAUAUCAGCAGUUGCGUUUGUUGUUGGUACCCACUGAUAUAUAACUAUUUCGAUAUUGUUUCAGUAAGUUAAAGACAAUCAAGCAGGAGAGAUGAAUGAAGAGAAAGAUGAAAAUCAACAUUAUUAAGUGAGAGGGAUAAAGGAAGCAGGGAUGUAGUAGAAAGAGAGGGCACUAGAGAGACAGACAGUCCAUGUCAGUGAAUCCAAGCCAUGUUUUCCUGGCCGCUCUCUGCAGGGGAGAUUACUCGGCCUUACUCCAGCCAGGCAAACUCUGUCCCCAGAGAGCUCAGUACUGACUACUGACCAAGCAUGGAGGUCCUGCAGCACACUUCCAGCUAACUUCAGAGCAGAGAGCUGAUCGGCUGGACCAGUAUGCUGGGAGGGGAUCCUGUGGAGGAGUGACAGGCAGCAGUUCUCAGGCUGGACGCUGUGUGAUACAGUGGGUCCCUUCACCGCCAUGGAGUUUGGGAGGUUUCAUUCAAAGUACCAAAAACCUUUGCUGCUCAUCAUGAUGACGUUCAAACUGGGUAUACUGUGCACAGCAGCAGCAGACAAGUGUCUGUCGGCCCCGUGUCAGAAUGGCGGUACGUGUCUCGACCAAAUGGGCAACUACACGUGUCUCUGUCCCAGAUGGCCAGUCCGCUAUAUGGGCAAGGACUGUAGGGAGCUGUAUGACCCCUGUGUCCACGAUGCGCCAUGCGCCAACUGUACCAGCACACUGGGCACAGAGGUCUACACCUGCCACUGCCCCGACAACUUCGCAGGGACCAACUGCACACUCAACAUCAACAUCAAGUGUGAGAGCAACCCAUGUAAGGGUGUCAGGUCCCAUUGUGUGGACAGGGUGGAUAGCUACACCUGCCACUGUCCCCCUGGCUAUGGAGGAGAUCACUGCCAGGCGAGGGACUGCACUGAGGAGCCGUGCCUCAACGGUGCCACCUGUGUUGACACAUCGGAUGGGUACCAGUGCCAGUGCGUCCCAGGCUUCCAGGGGAGGGACUGUGAGGAGAACAUGGAUGACUGUAAGUCACUCCCUUGUCAGAACGGAGCCAUCUGUAAAGAUGACGUCAACGGAUACCAGUGCUUUUGUGUGCCUGGUUUCCAAGGCUACCACUGCGACCUGGACAUUAACGAGUGUGUGUCGCGGCCGUGCAAGAACAAUGGGACCUGUGUCAAUGAGGUGGACCGCUAUGAGUGCAAAUGUCUGCUAGGGUUCAAAGGGGUGAACUGUGAAGUGGAGAUCGAUGAGUGUGAGGAGCAGCCCUGCCAGCAUGGAGCCACCUGCCACGACCGUGUGGGCCUGUACACCUGUGAGUGUGUUUCCGGGUACGAGGGCCGUGACUGUGAGCUGGACAUUGAUGAGUGUGCCAGCGGGCCGUGUCUCAACGAGGGCAACUGUACAGACCUGGUGAACAGCUAUGAGUGUGACUGCAACGGGACAGGCUUCACAGGAGAGGAUUGUGAGGUGGACAUCUCAGAGUGUGCUUCGGACCCCUGCCAGAAUGGAGCCACCUGCCUAGAGGGGGUCAACCAAUACGACUGUGUCUGCUGGACAGGUUAUGAAGGGAAGAACUGUCAGGUGGAUAUUGAUGAGUGUGAGCUGCAGCCCUGUGAGAACGGAGGAGAGUGUUUUCAGCGCUCAGAGCUGCUGCACUACGGGGUGCUGUCUGGACUGGAUGACAGGGAGUUCAACUAUGAGGAAGCAGCUGGGUUCCUCUGCCACUGUCAGCCUGGGUUUGCUGGAGAGAGCUGUGAAGAGAAUAUAGACGAGUGUGAGUCUGCUCCAUGUCAGAACGGAGGGAGCUGUGAGGACCUGGUCAACUCAUACCAGUGUGACUGUUCACCUGGGUUCACAGGUAUGAACUGCGAGGUAGACAUUGACGAGUGUGAGAGCGAGCCCUGUCAGAACGGCGGGUCCUGCAAGGACGCCGCCAACUCCUACACCUGCAACUGUGUGACGGCGGGUCCAGGGGAGGAGCCAUGGGGUGGCCAUAACUGUGACGUCCGUCUGAUUGGCUGCAGGGAACACCUGUGUGAGAACGGAGCCACGUGUGUGCCCAUCCUAAGCCAAGAAGUGCACAGUGGGGAAGAUGGGGAUGAACAAGAGCAUGACCACACCUGCCUCUGUCACCCUGGCUUCACUGGGAAGCACUGCAGCAUUCCCACCACCUUCUCCUUCAACAGAGAGGGGUAUGUCCUUAUCCAGCUCCCUCCUACAGCUAACAGGACCAGUAGAGGGAUUGACCCCCAGCACCACCACCACCACUAUGGGAUCCACAUCCAGCUGCGCUUCAGAACCACCCUGGAUGAAAUGCUGCUGUUCUACAGAGGGGCUGAGGACUACAGUGUGUCCCUGGAGAUUGUGGGGGGCCAUAUCCAUGCUAGAGCUGGAUCAGGGAAGGAGCUACAGGCCACCUACCAUCUCCCUGUCAAUGACGGAGACUGGCAUGAGGCCAAAGUGACCAUGGAUGAGAAGCUGGUGCUGAUGGUGAAAGGACCAGGUUGUGACAAUGACGGGGGAUGCACAGUGGAGGACGAAGGACACAACCAACUCAUAUUCUUCCAACCUGGAUCAUUCCCCCAGGUCUAUGUGGGUGGGGCCCCCCAGAAGUAUUUGGACAACACAGAGAGUAGGAAGGGUUUCAUUGGCUGCAUGGAGGAUCUACAGGUUGACCACCAGCUGCUACUGCCUCAGGAUAUCUCUCCAGAGCACGUCCAAGACAUGGAGCUGGGCUGCAACAAGACCGACUGGUGUCAUCCUGAUCCUUGCCAUCAUCGUGGGCAUUGUAUUGACCUGUGGACUAGCUUCAGCUGUGAGUGUGAUCGACCCUAUCACGGCUCCCUGUGUGAAGAAGAAUACCCCUCAUGGACAUUCAGUAAUGAAGACACUGUGAGCUAUGCUGCCUUCAACAUCAACCAAACGGACGGGGAGAACUUCAACAUCUCCUUCUUCCUGCGCUCUCUGAAGCCUAGCGGCCUGCUCCUCCAGCUGCGGAGAGGGAGGAGGGCCUACCUCACCCUGUACCUGCGGGAGGGAACCCUGGUCUUCAACAGCCCCCCCACCACCCUGUUCUCUAACGGUACCUACAUCACCAGCGGACAGAGCGAGCUGGUCACUGUGGUGGUACGCCAGGGUCAGGUAGGGUUCAGUCAGGGUGGGACACAGUUAUCCCUGGGGCGGGUGAGGAUGGAGCAGGGGGACGUGGUGUACAUGGGGGGUCUGCCACCGGGGGAGUCCACUGCCCCCUGGGGAGGUCACUUCAAAGGCUGCUUACAGGACAUCACUCUGGACCACAUGCACCUGUACCUUCACCUCCCAGAGGAGGAGUGCCACACCCACGAAGCGUUCGAGUGCUACAUCCCUCAAAAAUCGGAGAACAUGUUGGAUGGCUGUGUCAGUGAUGAGGCAUGCAAGGCUGGUCCCUGUCAGAACGGAGGAACGUGCACAGUCACCUGGAAUGACUUUGAGUGCACCUGUCCCAUGAACUUCUCUGGCAGGCGAUGUGAUACACGCGUGUGGUGUGUCAGCGACCCCUGUGUCGUGGGCAGCCAGUGUGUGGAUCUAGUUGACGGUUACGAGUGCCUCACUAACGCCACCUUUGAGAGCAACGCUCUGCAGUUCACAGCUAAUGGCUCGCUGGUUGCCACGGUGACCAGUGUCUCCAUGGAUAUACGUACUCGGGAGGAGAACGGCGUGCUGCUGCGGGCCACUAACGGAGCAGAGGUCUUCUGUCUGGGUUUGCUCAACUCCUCUCUGCUGGUCAAACUACUGAGCGGCAACAGCCUGGAGCUACAGGCCUUCACCAGCGACCUGCCCAUCUCAGACGGGGCCUGGCACCACCUCCACCUGGCCAUGACAGACCCCCUGCAGCCUGUGUCCCGCUGGCGCCUCACUGUGGACGGGCGCAGGGCUGGCAGCACCAUGGGCACGGCCGGGCACCUCAACUUCCUCAACAACACCACCGUGUGGCUGGCAGAGAACUACACAGGCUGUCUGGGAGAGGUGAGGGUGGGAGGAGUCUACCUACCUCUGUUGGACAACCAAGAUGCCCCCCAGGCAGCCCGGUUUAUCAGACAGGGGGGGCAGGAGAACAAGAUGGGGUGUGUUGGUACUGAUGUGUGUCAGUACCAGCCCUGCCUCAACCAGGGCACCUGCCAGGACCUCUGGAACCUGUUCAACUGCAGCUGUUCCCCGGGCUGGGAGGGAGAGUUCUGCCAGAGGGACACAGACGAGUGUGCCUCAGGCCCCUGUGCCCACGGCACCUGCACAGACCUGCUGGCAAACUACCAGUGUGAGUGUCACAAAGGAUGGGGGGGCAGGGACUGUGAGGAGGAGGUGGAUGACUGCCUGGAGCACAGCUGUUUGAACGGGGGCUCCUGCCUAGAUGGGACGGGUACCUACCAGUGUGUCUGCCCCCCUGGAUACACCGGCCGCCGCUGCCAAUGGAGAUUCCCUCCACAGCAGUGUGAUGAAGAGACGCAGUGUGACAACGGUGGGGUCUGCGUGGAUGGGAUCUGGGGUACCAACUGCACCUGCAAACCUGGUUACACUGGAGACUGGUGUGAGGUAGAGAUAGAUGAGUGUGAGUCCAGACCCUGUCUCAACGGUGCUACCUGCCUGGACCGACUCAGCAGCUUUCAGUGUGUGUGUGUGCCGGGCUUCAGCGGCACACAGUGUGAAAGCAAUAGACAGGAGCAGAGGCAGCGUGUGCCCUGGCUGGUGGUGGCCAUCCCUCUGGCCAGCCUGUGUGUGCUGCUGGCUGUGGUGGCCCUGGUGUUCAUGGUGCUGACCGCACGCAAGAAGCGCCAGUCGGAGGGCACCUACAGCCCCAGCGCCCAGGAGGUGGCAGGGGCACGGCUGGAGAUGGGCAGUGUACUCAAAGUGCCUCCCGAGGAGAGGCUCAUAUGAGCCCCACACACAACAGCAACACACACUACCUUCACUCGGCUACAGGUCGGACACCUAGCCUCCCUGGCAUAACACACAACCAGACACAGGCAAGGGCUGGUCAGACUCACUAAGAGGUGUCCAGCGUGUGAAAGGUCACCAGUGGUGUGGACAUGUGCCCUCACAGUGAUGCCACCGCCACACUGCUGCUGCUGGGUCAUGGGGUUGGGGGUGAUUCAACCCGGAACUAAUCUCUUUAUAGAAAGAGGUGACGUGGUCUGUCUGAGCCGCAGAGAAGGGCAGGACAGAAGAUAAAAGAGCUCUAGUCUCCCCAGGACUUGAGCACUGCUGUCGGGUUGAGUCUAAUCAGCUAGUCCCCUCCCUGGAGCGAUGAACCAUACUGGACUCCAGUGUCUCUCUAUACAAUAGCUACCCGUGUACAUUCUGUACCCCACAUUGAUUAUGUGUGAGUUCACUCUAAUGACCAUUUUGAUGGUAAAACAUUGUAUUUUUGUCUGGAUGUGCAGUUAACAAUUAACAGGCAAUGCACUAUACCAAUAAUGUUCUUUCCGACUCCGUGUAAAUACUGUAAUGGUCUUAUUUCUAAAUCUAUGAUGUGUUUUUUUGUUCAUGUCGUUGUCUUGUGCAAAUGUAUGAGGUGCUCCUAAAACUCGAACUCAUAGAAAGUGGAUUGAGACCACUUAAAUGCUAUCAGCCAUCUCAAACUCUGAUGCCACAGUAUUCAGACAGGAUACAUUUACCCAAACCUACACUCCUGUCAGUCUCUUAUUCUAUCCUCACCAGAGCCACUACUUAACCAGCCAAGUGAUCAAUGGACGUUUUCACUGUCCAUCGGAGGUGCUGAAGCUAGAUAUUGUGCUCUAGUUCUUUUCUGUAACUAUGGAUGAUGUACCACAUGCUUAUACUGUAACUAAGCUGAAUGAAAGCAACACCUAAUUAGCUUGAAAUGAAGUUUAUGCAACCCCACACUAAAGGCAAGUCAUUGAAAGAUAGUUAAUUGUCAUGAGUUGACUUCCACAUGACUUUAUGAAUGAGUUUGUAUGUGCCUUCCUUACAGAAUGGAUGGAAUGCUGAGAAACACAACAUUUGACUCUUGUACAUUCUACAUUGGAUAUGGUAUCUAUCUAUAUGUUGAUUUUUGUGUGGCCCUAUCUAAAAUACAGUUGACUGGAGGGAACUAUAUGUUGUCUCAAAGGAAAACUCACUGUGAUGAUCGUGUUGACGUCUGUGUGGAGUGCUGUAGAGCAGUAUGACAGACCGACAAAGAGACAGAGCAGGUUUCUGUUUGAGCUCGGUCGGUCCUCCCCCUCCACUUCCUGCAGGGCUAGGUGAUGCAGUACGAUCCAGGGAGACAUGUACUGACAAUUCACUGAUGUUAGCGCUGCUCCAGUGUUGGAUUAUACAGAGUACAUUCCAGGGUUGGGAUCAACUACAGUCAAUUCACAAAGUGAACAUUGCCCAGUGAAUUGUCAAUUGAAAACUGAAUUGACCCCAACGCUGGGACACUCUGGAUUCGCAUCUACAACAGGGGAUAGAUUGGACUGAUCUGGAUUUGAGUUCUGAAUAGUAUGGUAGGAGCUUACACUCGUCUCAGGCAGUACAAACUACAGUGUAACGAACAGCAAGGUAUGCUGGGUAGGCUACACUGGUAUGUAUAGGGAGUAUUCUGUAAUUAUUCUGGAAAAUGUGAUUGGGUAGCAACACUGUAACAUGAUGCAAUUGUAAACAGUGUGAUUUAUUCAAAACUCUAAAGUUUCUAUUGGAUGUCAACAGUUAAACUGAUGCAAAAGAGAAUGAUAAUUAAAGCAACACCGUGAAAUGAAUGACUGGACUUACUGUGCAUGGUUUUGUUUGUAACUAGAUCAAAUGCGGUAAGAAUUUGUCUGACAAAGGAUAGCAAGUCAACACAGUUACCCCAUAAGUGUUUGACUAUCUGUUUGUUCAAUAGAAUUUGCAAUUCGGUGUCUUUCACAAUGCUUCUGAAGGGAUCUCCUCCCACAGUCCCGUAGGAGCGUUCUGUCUGCGUACCACGAGGGAAGGAAGGAGUUUAUGUUUGCAACGCCCGCAUA